UCCGCUCACCUUAGUUGACUGAAGUCAAUCUUCUUUUUUGUCUGUUGUUGGAAACUGCAAAAAAUAAAUAACAAAAUCUUAUACCGGCACGUGUGUGUCCGUUUGUAUUAUAGAUUUUCGCUUAUGUUUGGAUAUUAUUGUGAAGAAGAAGGUCGAAUAGUGCAAAUAAAACAAAAAAUUGAUGUUAAACGACAGUGAAUUAAGCACAAUAAGAAGCAUUGUUAAUAGAAUAUGUCUCCGGUCGAUCGCAAUUCAGAUUCUCGAACAGAAUCGACGGAAAGAGAAAUAUUUCCCAGAACAACUAGAAUCGCUGAAUCUCAGGAAGUCCUUGCUGUAAAUAGCGAAAAGCAAGUAAAACAUGGACCUUCCCACGGACCUGCCUUAGAUCAUCCCACAACCUACGUGGAGAGUCUAAUGCAUCUUCUGAAAGGAAACGUUGGAUCUGGUGUAUUUGCCAUGGGUGAUGCAUUCAAAAACGGCGGAAUAGUACUGGGAACAAUUCUCACAUUGUACUUGGGACUUAUUUGCGUUCAUUGUCAGCACAUACUGUUGAAAUGUUCGAGAAAAGUUAAGGAAAAGUUGCAGUUGGAAGAAGAUCCGGACUUUGCCGAAACGGUUGAACUGUGCUUCGAAAAUGGCCCAAGAAAACUGCAAAAAUUUUCUAAAGCCAGCAAGAUAAUUGUCAACAUUUUCAUUUGCGUCACACAAGUGGGAUUCUGUUGCGUGUAUUUCGUGUUUUCCAGUUCGAAUCUAAACCAAAUUUUAAAUUAUUACGGAUUUGAUGUUAACGUGAACCUGACAAUGCUUUUUGUAUUGCUGCCGAUGUUGUUACCGUCACUUAUUCGAAAUUUGAAACUACUAGCACCAUUUUCGGCUGUAGCAAAUGUUUGUAUGGCUGGGGGUAUCGGAGUGGUGUUCUAUUACAUUCUUCAAGAUGUGCCCCAAAUUUCAGAACGAAAACAUAUCGGAGAAGUGUCAACGCUGCCACUUUAUUUUGGAACGGCAAUGUUUGCUUUUGAGGGCAUAGCAUUGGUCCUUCCACUGAAAAAUGCCAUGAAAAAACCUGAACAAUUCGGUAGUGCAUUUGGAGUGCUAAAUGUCGGUAUGAUUCUAACAACGAUACUAUAUACCAGUUUUGGCUUCUUCGGCUAUUUGAAAUUCGGCGACAAUGUUGCCGGAAGCCUGACACUAAAUCUACCCGAACAGGAUAUACUGGCUCAGGUAGUUAAAAUAGCCGUUGGCAUCGGCAUGUGUCUGACAUAUCCGCUUCAAUUGUUUGUUGCAAUACAAAUCAUGUGGCCGAAUGUUCAAUCAAGAUUCGGGCCAUUUCAACAUUCCACCUCGUACGAACUGCUGUUCCGAACAUUUAUGGUCUUCGUCACGUUUGUUAUCGCCGAGUUGGUACCACAUUUGAACAUUUUCAUAUCGCUGGUAGGAGCGCUAUGUAGUACAGCUUUGGCGUUAGUGUUUCCACCGCUUAUUCAAUUAGUCCUUGCCUGGGGCACACCAGACGGACCGAGUGCCUUCCUCAUUGCUAAAAAUGCGUUCAUUUUGGCUUUUUCGAUAUUCGGUUUUGUGACGGGAACGUACGAGAGUUUAUCAUCUCUGGUCCAUGUACUGUUUGAAGAUUGAGAAAUUCAGGGGAUAUUUUUUGAUAUUUUUUUUUGCCACCAAUCAACAGUGAUAAUUUGUGUUAAAAUAUUUAAGUUAAUAAAAUGUCCAUAUUUGUACAAAAGAGUAAUAAAAAAACGAUUUCAGUAAAAUAAAUAUUACCAUGAAAGAA